AUGGGAAGAGAAGAAGAUGACAAGGCGGAGAGAGAGACCGAUUGCGUUGUUCCAUGGAUGAGAACUCCCGUUGACGUCAGCAAUGUCGAAAAUUGGGCUCUCGAAACCCUCCCUUGCCUUAAUCCCAAGUUGAAGAAGGCAUUGGAGAAGAUGGGUAUAUCUUCACUUUUCCCAGUGCAAGUUGCAGUUUGGCAUGAGACAAUAGGGCCAGGUGGUUUCGAAAGAGACCUCUGCGUUAACUCUCCAACAGGAAGUGGAAAGACUCUCUCUUACGCUUUGCCAAUCGUUCAGAGCCUUGCAUCGCGUGCCGUGAGAUGCCUCCGUGCUUUAGUCGUAUUGCCCACUCGUGAUUUAGCCUUGCAGGUUAAGGAAGUGUUUGAUGCCAUAGCUCCUGCCGUGGGAUUAACGGUUGGCUCAGCUGUGGGUCAAUCUUCGAUAGCUGGUGAAAUCUCACAGCUCAUCAAGACACCUAAACUUGACGCCGGAAUAUGCUAUGAUCCUGAGGAUAUAUCACAAAACCUGGAAAGUGCUGUGGACAUAUUAGUAGCGACACCUGGAAGGCUGAUGGACCAUAUCAACAACACCAAGGGCUUUACGCUUGAGCAUUUGCGUUACCUUGUUGUUGAUGAAACCGAUAGAUUGCUUAGGGAGGCUUAUCAGUCCUGGCUACCAACUGUUCUGAAACUGACUCAGACAUCUGACAAUGGCCUUUUUCCUUCGUCUUCACCAUUUGUUCCUUCCACUUUUGGUUCUCUGCAGACUGUUCGUAGACAAAGUGUGGAGAGAGGUUUCAAAGGCAAACCAUACCCAAGGCUAGCGAAGAUGGUGUUAUCAGCUACAUUGACGAAGGAUCCAAGCAAGCUUAUUCAGCUUGAUCUGCAUCACCCGUUAUUCAUGACAACUGGAGAAAGCCGAUAUAGACUACCGGAGAAGUUAGAAUGUCUUAGACUGAUUUGUGAAACCGAGUUGAAGCCUGUGUAUUUAGUUGCUCUCUUAAAAUCAUGGGAAGGUGAAAAGAGUAUCAUUUUCACGUCUUCCGUAGAGUCAACUCGUCGUCUAUGCAAGUUACUCAACUUUUUCGGCGACUCAAAGAUAAGAGCAAAAGAGUAUUCAGGUGGUCUUAACCAAUCAGUUCGAAGCAAAGAACUAAAGGCCUUUAGAAAAGGCGAUAUACAAGUUCUUGUUGCGUCUGAUGCUCUGACUCGUGGAAUGGAUGUGAAAGGGGUAACAAAUGUCAUUAACUAUGAUAUGCCUCCGUUUGCAAAGACCUUCAUCCAUCGUGCUGGACGGACAGCUAGAGCAGGCCAGGCUGGCAAGUGCUACACAAUCCUGAGUGAUCAUGAGGUAAGGCGGUUUUCGAAGCUCCUGAAGAAAGUCGGGAGUGGUUCAUGCCCUAUCUAUUCAAUCCCGCCCGCGACAUUUGAUGCUGUUCGUGCCACUUAUGAACCGGCUCUGGAGAAGCUGCAGGAGUCGGUUGAGUCAGAAGCACCGAGGAAAAGAAGACAAGCUUUAAAGCAUAAUCCAAGAACCGGAAACUACAAAACCAAACGAAGCAAAACGACAUCUGAACAAGCAUAG